CUCGAAUAGCAUGCUAGAAAUUCAAACUGAAAUAUAAUUAAUUCCCUAUUGAUGAAAAAAUUGACAAAAUCUUGGAAACAUCAAAAACCAUUCAAAGAAUUAAGACACUUGGCUUCGGAUGUUACCAAAUGUGAAAACAAUGAACAAUAUGAAGUGCAGUGUGACACGUCCAAUCCUGGCCCUCUUGGCAGCACACAGAAGCAGCUGACUAAUGAUCAAGAAAAAUAUGGAAGUAUUGAGAAGAUUAUUGAUGGUCUACAGGAUGAACAAAAAUUGAGAGAUUCUCUUAGGCUUAAAGAGAAGAGAAAAAACAUUCAUGUAGCUUUGAACAAGGAAAACCACCAACCUUCAAUAAGAAAGGAGAUAAGUUUUAAGUUGACAAGUGAACAGCUAGGAGUCAGAAACAACAACAGUCAUGAAAACUUGCUUGGGGAAUCAGUUGGUGAGGAUAUAAUUUUGGAGCUAGCAAGAGUUGAAGAGGAAUAUAUUCGAGCAAGUGACUCACAUAUACCAGGAGAAAGAAAGAGUACAACAAAACAGGCACGAUUCUCACAAAAUUUGCCAGUAAAUGGUUGUACAAACAAUUCCUACCAAAAAACUACCAAACAGUGUGGAAAGUCACGAAGAAAAAAGGGUGAAAGUACUGAAAAUGAAGAAAUAAAUGUUAAUUUAGAAACAGAUGAGUUUAAAACUGGCGGCAGUUUAAUUUGUAGCUCUUCUGUCGUUAGUAAUGAUGAUGUUGUAAAUCAUGGAAAUAAUAAAAAAAACAAUAACUUCAUUAAGACAGUCGAUUUUGAUAGUACAAAAUUAUCUGACAUCAAUAAAGAUCAAGACAAAUUAGCUUUAGAACCGGUCAAGAUGGUAAGGAGCAUAAACAGAGAACUCUCCCAUCCUUCUGGAAAAGGUAAUACAGACAGUGUUGUUCUGACUGUGAAAAAAAAUGUUGACUCUACCAAAGAUAAUAUCUGUAAUGUUAGAGAUAAACGUUUUGGUGUCAGCUCAUUAGAAAUUCAGAAAGAACAACAGACCUUAGAAGAACAAUCUGAAGAAAAAGAUAUUCAUAAUGAAAUGAAUAGCAUUGAAGAAAUAAAUGAAGGUAUUCAGUUAUCUGUAUUCAGUAUUGACAAGUGCCAGAUGUCUUCCUGGGGCUUACCAGACAGCAUUAUGAAAGCUUAUCAACAAAAAGGGAUUUAUACCAUGUUUCCAUGGCAAGUAGAAUGCCUUCAACAAGGAAAGGUCUUGCAAGGUGGGAACUUAGUUUACUCAGCCCCAACCAGUGCAGGCAAGACGUUAGUUGCAGAGAUUCUCAUGUUGAAAAAAGUCUUGGAAAGCAAGAAAAAAGCAAUAAUGAUCUUGCCAUUUGUGUCUGUAGCUAGAGAGAAGAUGUUUUACUUUCAGAGUAUGUUUCAGGAAGAAGGAGUUAGGGUUGAUGGAUUUAUGGGAAACCAUGAUCCACCGGGUGGAUUCAAGAGUGUUGAUAUAGCAGUUUGCACCAUUGAAAAAGCUAACAGUCUGGUUAAUCGGCUAAUUGAAGAGGGAAAACUUGAUCAGCUAGGAAUCUUAGUUGUAGAUGAGCUACAUCUCCUGGGAGACUCUCAUCGUGGUUACUUGUUGGAACUGCUCCUUACCAAAGUUUUGUUUGUUAGCAAAAGUUUUGAUAGUGCUGGAGCUGACAAUCCAAUACAAGUGGUGGGCAUGAGUGCUACCUUACCAAACCUGGACUUACUGGCUUUCUGGCUUAGAGCAGAUCUCUAUUACACAGACUUCAGACCUAUACCACUAGAAGAACACUUGAAGAUAGGAGAUGCUAUUUAUGAGGUCCAGACCAUGCAACAAGUUGCUACAAUGAAGGAUAGGGAAUUAACAAUUCGUGGAGAUGCUGAUCACACCAUACUUUUAUCACUGGACACUGUGGUAGCUGGGCAUUCUGUAUUAAUCUUCUGUCCCUCCAAAAACUGGUGUGAAAAACUGGCAGAGAGCAUUGCCAGGCAAGUGUGUGAGUUGGGACGGCCCCAUCCUCCUGGUGUUAAAGCAAAGAGUAAAACUAAAGAAUGUCAAAGAAUUGGAUCCAGACUAAGGGAAGUUUUGAAUGGAAAUAUUCUUUCGGACAUUUUAGAGCAAUUGAAGUGUUCUCCAUCUGGUCUUGAUAACACAUUAGGAAAAACUAUACCUUUUGGCGUUGCUUACCAUCAUGCAGGGUUAACUUUUGAUGAAAGAGAUAUUAUUGAAGGUGCUUUUCGCCAAGGUGCUGUGAAAUUCUUGGUUGCUACAUCAACACUUUCUUCUGGAGUAAAUCUACCUGCUCAUCGUGUAAUCAUACGGUCACCAUUGUUCUAUGGUUCUGUGAUUGAUGUUUUAACCUACAAACAGAUGAUUGGACGAGCCGGUCGUAAAGGGGUUGACAUCAAAGGAGAAAGUAUUUUGUUGUGUAAAGAAAAUGAAAGAGAAAGAGCAAUUUCUCUAGUGAAGUCAGAUUUGAAGCCUGUCCAAUCCUGUUUACUGAAGAAGGAAGAACACAGUCUCACUGGGAGUUUGAAGAGAGCAAUUUUAGAGGUGGUUGCUAGCGGUGUAGCAACAACACCAGAAGAGGUGGCAAGGUAUGCAUCUUGUACGCUAUUGGCAGCUUCUCUACAGAAAGAGGAGAAAGGACUAGCUGAUACAGGAACAGAGAAUGCCAUUACUGCCUGCAUUGAUUACCUCAUGGAAAAUGAGUUUAUUAUUUGUCAAACUAACCCAGAACAAGGCCAUAAUAAGACGUCUUACGUACCAAGCCAACUAGGGAAAGCUGUACUCUGUUCAGCUCUAUCACCGGAUGAGGGUCUGAAUGUUUUGAAGGAACUAGAAAAGGCACGACGUUGCUUUGUGUUAGAAAAUGAACUACAUUUGGUAUAUCAGGUAACACCACCUUACUUAGCAGACCAAAUGGGCAGUAUUGAUUGGAUUCACUUUUUGUCAAUGUGGGAGAAUCUUCCAGAAGAUAUGCAUCGCGUUGGAGAACUUGUAGGAGUUGAAGAACGGUUUCUGGCCAGAGCUGUCAGAGGUCAGGUUAAGAGCAGUGUCCCAAGACAAGCUAAGAGUUUGCAAAUCCACAAGAGAUUUUAUGCAGCUUUAGCUUUAAACGAGCUUGUCCAAGAAGUUCCAUUGUCACAGGUUUCUCAAAAGUAUGACUGUCCCAAGGGAGUACUACAGAGUCUUCAGCAGAGCGCUGCAACAUUUGCUGUGAAACAUAUUACUCAGCAGAACCCCACUAAUAGAUUAACUGAACCCUCUAAACAGACUCAGCAGAACCCCACUAAUAGAUUAACUGAAUUUUCUAAACAAACUCAGCAGAACCCCACUAAUAGGUUAACUGAACUUUCUAAACAAACUCAGCAGAACUCUGCUGAUAGAUUAACUGAACCCUCUAAACAGACUCAGCAGAACCCCACUAAUAGAUUAACUGAACCCUCUAAACAGACUCAGCAGAACCCCACUAAUACCUUAACUGAACUUUCUAAACUAACUCAGCAGAACCCCACUAAUAGAUUAAUUGAAUUUUCUAAACAAACUCAGCAGAACUCUGCUGAUAGAUUAACUGAACCUUCUAAACAGACUCAGCAGAACCCCACUAAUAGAUUAACUGAACUUUCUAAACAAACUCAGAAGAACUCUGCUGAUAGAUUAACUGAACCUUCUAAACAGACUCAGCAGAACCCCACUAAUAUAUUAACUGAAUUUACUAAACAAACUCAGCAGAACUCUGCUGAUAGAUUAACUGAACCUUCUAAACAGACUCAGCAGAACCCCACUAAUACAUUAACUGAACUUUCUAAACAAACUCACAAGAACCCCACUAAUACAUUAACUGAACCUUCUAAACAAACUCAGCAGAACCCCAUUAAUAGAUUAACUGAACUUUCUAAACAAAUUCAGCAGAACUCUGCUGACAGAUUAACUGAACCUUCUAAACAAACUCAGCAGAACCCCACUAAUACAUUAACUGAACUUUCUAAACAAACUCAGCAGAACCCCACUAAUAUGCUAACUGAACAUUCUAAACAAACUCAGCAGAACCCCACUAAUAUAAUAGAUACACAUUCUAAACACACACACUAUAAUUUUAGUCAUGUAUUAAAUGAAUCUGUUAAGCACAUAAAUAGAGUAAGUAUAGUUUCUUCUGGUGCUGUAAAAUGUUUGGAGGAAAACUGUGAAGACUCUGGGGUAAAAUUAAAAAGUAGUAUUUUAUAUAUAUCACCAAAGGAUGUCUGUGCUGUGGGAAGUAAUGAUGUUAAAUUAGGCGAGGAAAAAGAAAACAGCUUAUUAAAAUGGGUCACAGGGACUGAACAAAGAGUAUUAAACACAAGCAGUUAUAGAACUAAAGAUUCUUGGAGGAAGAAAAAAAGUAGCAACACAAGGAGGAGAAGAAGUUCAAGGAAAGGCUCUUCACAUCAGUGCAAGAAAAAGUCAGAAGUAAGCCCAAAACAGAUAGAAGAUCCAUCAGCUAUUGACUAUGUGUCAAUAAUUGAGUCUUUUGAAGAAUCUAGGCAGGAAGUAGAGGAGUAUGGGCCCACACCCGGAGAAUGUAUUCAGCUGAGUAUUGAUAAUUUUACUAAACUAUUAGACUGCAUUGGUAACAAAAUGGGAAAAUGUGUGCCAGAAAAAGGGAAUAACAAAGCUCAAGCACACCAACCAGUGAACUUUAGUCCUCAAAAGAAGCCAAACCACUUAGUUAACGAUUAUACAUUUAAUGAAAGUUGCAUAUUGGACACUCAGACAGCAGCACUGUUAGAUGGUAAAAUGUACCAACAUCUUUCUGCCAUUCAGGUUAAUAAUAGUGGAAAGAAGAAACCCCAAGAUCCUGUAGAAACUGAAUCUGAAGCUCAGAAACCUAAGAUCAAGAUUUUUGUUGAUCACAAUGGAUCUUUCAGUCAGGGAGAUAAUACCUGUCUUAUUCCAGAAAGUGAGGAUUUAUUUAAAAACUCAUUUUUUAUAGAAUCACAAAACUUUCAUGAUGAAAAUUCUGUAAUAAAUGAACAAAGAUUAUCCUCUAAAAUAAACAUGAUCACAGACCACUUAAAGUUAAAAAAUACACAUGACUUUAAAACUUUUGAAUUUGAUGAGGAAACAGACACAAAAGGCAAUAAUUUUACAACAUCGGAUAACAAAUGCAAUGCCAACAUAUAUCCAAACAUUAAAGAUGAUACAGUCAUCACUAUUCAAAGGGGAAAUUGUUCAAAAGAACAUUCAGCAGUAACAGGUUUGUCCGAUAAAAAUACGUCAGCUCUUCAAUCCACCAGCAUCACAAGUCUUCAACACAAAAAAAUUUCUGAACCUCAUUGCACUUUGAAAAAAUCUGAUCAUUUCACAACAAAAUUGCUUCCUCAACAGAACAGCAUACACCCCCAUCCAAUUAAUGAUGAUGAUUCACAGGAAACCUCUUCAGAGAUUCAGUUAGUAACUAGAACAGGUGUCCAUCACCUGUUAACCACACCUGUCACCAACAAAAAUACUGUUACUGGUUCUUCAGAAACCAAAUUAAGUCCACAGUAUGCAGAUACUACAAGACAUCUGCAUAAAACCACUCUGAAUACUAAAGAAGUAAAUACCGUUGAUCCCAAGAAUGUAAAAUUUGAAGAAGUUAAAAAUUCUCAAAGUGACAUGAAUUUGCAUAGAUUUCCACCUUCAUCUUUAGAACUAAAUUCUAGUAUUCAAGAUCUGUUUGAUGAGGCCAUAAAUAUGAGUUCAAAUUUUUCACCAUUCAACUCUCCUUAUAUGCAAAAAAAAGUAGGUGAAAUCAGUCCUAUAAUAAAUGUUAGUUACAGUCAAAAUAAAAUGGAACAAGAAAAGGAUAACUCCAAGUCUGUAGUCAGUCCUGGUCUAGUGGCAGCUAUAGAAAAAUUAUCUGGAUGGGAAAGCUGUUUUUCCUUGUCAUCAACUCCAGGAAGAACUAAAGAAGUAAAUGAAUCUUAUUCAUUUGAACAGAAAGUCAGCAAAAGGCAAGUAACAAAGAUGAUUGAAACACCUGAUAACUGUUUGCCUAAUAACUGUUCUCAACAAAAUACCUCAGGAGUCAAAACACCUAAUUCCAAAUGUUUUCAGCAAUUAACCUGCUGCAGUAGUCAUAAAACUGGUGAAAAAAGAAAACAAGAAGAGGCUGACAGUUCAGGCUGCUGUGAAAGUCUUUCCAGUGACUGCAUUUCUCCCACUCCCCCUAAAGUUUCUAGCCUCACAAGACAACAAACUACACAGUUAACACCUUCAACUAUGUGUGCUAGUCCGAAGGUAGCAGAAGUACAUAGUAAAAGGUGUGGAAUGGCUACACCUGUUAAAGUCAAUAGUCACCAGCUGCAUAAAUCAAAAACCUUGCAAGAUUUUAAUGUUCUUCUCAGUGAGGGAACAGUACAUUUACCUCCGGUGACAUUGGAAACGCAAUGUACAGAUGAUUCUUUCACAAUUAUUGAUGUAGCAGCACACCAACACCUUUUCUACACUUUUAUCAAAGAAUGGAGUACCAAAACAACAUUCUCAUUCAGUGUGGCUUGCCAGAAGAAAGCACGUGCACAGUCUCAUGGGAUUGGAUCUGAUGUAACCAAAGCCAACAGGGUGUCAGCUAAUGUCAGUACUAGUGAACUGGAGAUUGGUGGUAGAGACAGCUGUGUAGUUGGUGUGGCAGUAUGCUGGGAAAAGAAAGAUGCUUAUUUCAUAUCAUUAGUUUCCAAGAUGGAUACCUCAGAUUUACUUUUUGAAGAAAGCCUGAAACCACCACCUGUAGACUCAAAUCUUACUGUUCAGGAACGACUUCAGGCUAUACAGUCAGUUCUUGAAAACUUUACUAAAACAAGUAACAGCAAACAUGUGUCAGCAUUUGAUCUUAAGCAACAGUUUCAUGCCCUAUGUUAUGGCUGUGAUGUAUCGAUUUUAACAAACAAGCACAUUUACUGGGAAGAUCCCAAAGUUGCUGAAUGGUUGCUGGACCCUGGUGCACGACAGAAGACACUACUGAAUAUGGCAAUUAACAGAGUUCCAAAUGAAGCAAAACUACUUGAAGUGGUUGGAAGGACUUUUGGUGUGGGAAGUGUUGGGCUCACAAGUUCUAAUGGAGGGUCACCUCGUCUUCGGACAUGUGCUGAAGCAGUUAUUGUAUUCCACCUCAUGGAGAAGUUGCGAGAAGAAUUAAAGCAAAAAGAACUUCUAAAAGCUUUUUGUGAAGUUGAAAUGCCAUCACUAUUAAGCUUAGCCAAGAUGGAACAGAAUGGAAUUGGGUUCAGCCCUGGAGAAUGUCAAUAUCAUCAAACUAUCCUUCAGAAACAACUUCAGUCAUUAGAAGAUCAUGCAUAUCGCUUGGCUCGGCAUCCAUUUUCUCUAACUUCUUCUCAGGAAGUGGCUAGGGUGUUGUAUAAAGAAUUAAAACUUCCUCCAGGUGGAGAUCCUGAUAAUAAAGUUAACACAAACUGUUUGUCUUUGGGGACAAGUGUACGAGGUAGGCGUAAAACACUACCAAGAGAACUAAGCACUACUAAGGAAGCCUUAGAAAAAUUAAGGGACUUUCACCCAUUGCCUGCAGUUAUUUUGAAUUGGAGAAAGGUUUCUUCAGCUUUGACAAAGGUUGUUUUUCCUUUGCUGAAAGAAAAAUCAUUUCAUCCAUGUUUGAGUAUGCAUCGUAUAUAUGGGAUUUGUGAAACAUAUACAGCCACUGGUCGUGUGACGAUGCAUGAACCUAAUUUGCAGAAUAUUCCAAAGGAAUUUGAGUUAAUAUCAGAAACUUCACUUAUAACAAUUAAUUCAACUACAUUAGCUUCUUGUGCUAUCAACCUUAGAUCUUCAUUUGUUCCAAGAACAGGUUCAGUAUUCCUUGCUGCAGACUACUCUCAGCUAGAGCUGCGAGUAUUGGCCCACUUUUCUGAGGACAAGAAACUUCGGGCUCUCUUGAAGAGUGGAGGUGAUGUUUUUCAAGCUGUUGCUGCUCAGUGGAAGAAACGUAAUAUGUUGGAAGUUACAGAAAAGGAAAGGCAACAAGCCAAACAGAUUUGUUAUGGUAUCAUUUAUGGUAUUGGAGCUAAGGCCUUGGGUGAUCAAUUGGGGGUUAAUGAAAAUGAAGCAGCAGCUUUCAGUGAAGGAUUUAAGAACACUUUCCCAGCACUAAAGAAAUAUUUACAACUUGUUGUGGAUCAAUGCCGUCAGAAGGAAUAUGUGGAGACUUUGUAUGGUAGAAGACGCUACCUGCUGUCAAUCAAUAGCCAGAAUCCUUAUGUUAGGGCUCAAGCAGAACGACAGGCGGUUAACACUAUCAUCCAGGGCUCAGCUGCUGACCUGGUGAAAAUUGCUAUGGCAUGCAUUGAUCAGGAACUGGCCCAGAUUUUUCCAGCAACAGUAUUUCCUCUUAAGAAAAAGAAAACAGAACAGGAAGUUGGAGCAUGUCCUGGUGGCUUCUUAGUUCUUCAACUUCAUGAUGAACUUGUCUAUGAAGUUUCUAAGAAGGACUUAGAAGUAGUAGCCAAGAUAGUGCAGAGAGAAAUGGAACAGUCUGUCAAAUUAUCUGUGCCCCUGAGUGUAAAGCUGAAAGUUGGACCAAACUGGGGUACUUUAUCAAAUUUUGAGUAGCAUGUCUUUCAAUGUUAAUAUGUAUAUAUAUAUGGGUUGCAAAGGAAGAAACCCUGUAAUUUAUGAGUUGCAGAAUAUUCUUUCCAAAUUAAUCUGGUCCAAUAACAUUGUUCCAGAAACUCAAAUGCCACAUUUCAGUCUUUUACAUGCCACAAUCAGAAAGUAAAAAUAAUCAAAAUUUUAGAAAUCAAUUUUUGAAUACCCAUUAAAAAAUAAAUCUGAGUAUUUAUUUUCUUUUGAUUCUGAUUUUAAUAUAGUCAUUAAUGAACUUAAUUAAUUAAAAUUGCAUAUAAUACAUUAAAUCAUUUUUCAUGUGUUAUGUAAAUACGACUACUACUACUAUCUUUGUUCACAGAAUGACUUAACAUAUGUAUAUUUUAUACAUUUAAAAUGAAUUUCUUUCCAUUCCUAGAUAAAUGUCUUCUCGUUAUUAUACAUAUUUAUUUUCUUACCACUUAUUGAAGUAAAAGAUAUUGAGAUUGUAACUGAAUAUUUGUAGUGUGAUAAUGUUUUAUGUAAUGUAAAUAUAUAAUUCAAUAAUGGAAAGUCUAGAUAUUUCCAGUACGUAGAACAUCUUGGAUCAAUUUUAUAUUCAGUUUUUAUAUGUGAUUACCAGACUGUUUAAUUUCACAUGUAAGAGCUGUCUGUGUUUAAUAACCAAAAUCUGUAUGUGAGAUUAUUUAUAAGUAUAGUAAAAUGACUUUUGUAAGUUUUGUACACUUUUCAAAUUUAAUCAUUGGUCAUUUAUAAACUAUAGCAAGUCCCUUCUUCAUGACAACAAUGGAGUUUCCAAUUAUGUAUGCCUCAUGUGAAAUGAAUUUAAAAAAAUAAAAAAGUUUAUCGAACUAAAAAAAACUGGGUUAAGUUGCCAGACAUAAUUUUCUUAAAAAAAAGGUGAAAAUUUUGUAUAACUGUUGAUGUUUGAGAUCAAUCAAUUCUGUAUAAAGAAAACAUUUAUCAGUGUGUUGUUUCAUAGUAGUACAUGCUUUUCUAGUGAUCAUUAUUUUAACUUCACCAAUAUAUUUCUGCGUAAUCAUGAUUUUAUGCAUGCAAGCUACACAAAAUGGUAAUUAAUUUCAAUGAUAUGUACAUUUUGUAUGCUUUGUUGAAUAAAUUUUGUCACCACCCUUGGAACAAUCAUUUUUUAGGAGUG